CGGUGCGGAGCGCGACUGGGGCGGGGCGAGUGGGAGGAGUGAAAGUUGGAGCCCAACAAAACCCUCCACCUCGCUCAGAACAGCCAGACCUGCGCUGCGACCUCUACACAGGUGGUUGUGCCAGGCACCGCUGAGAUGUUGCCCAAAGUUCUCCUGAUGCUCCUCAACAUAUUCCUGGCCCUCCAGUGGAGGGUUGGACCUCACAUUAAACUGGAGAAUAAACCCCCUGCCCAAGAUAAUGUAGUCUUCGGCCCUCAGCCUCGGCCUGUGCCUGAGCCUCUGCUACAGCCUGAAUCUCCAGCUGGAGAUGAUGUAGUCUUCGGCGCUCAACCCCAGCCCCAGCCGGAAUCCCCUGGCCACUAUGAUACAGUCUUUAGUUCCCAGCCUCAGCCUCUGCCUCAGCCCCAGCCUCUACCCCAACCCCAGCCGCAGCCGCAGCCCCAGCCGCAGCCCCAGCCGCAGCCCCAGCCCCAGCCCCAGCCCCAGCCCCAACCCCAGCCUCUGGCUGGGCGCCAGCCUUUGCCCUGGCCCCUGCCCGAGCCUGAGCCCCUUCCCGAGCCCUUCCCUGAGCCUCAGCCACAGCCCCUGCCCCUUCCUGAGCCCCAGCCUGAGCCCCAGCCUGAGCCCCAGACCCCAGGCCAGGUCCAGGCUGGGCGCCAACCCCGGCCCAGACCUCAGCCAGAGCCCCAGCCUGAGCCCCAGCCCGAGCCCCAGCCCGAGCCCCAACCCGAGCCCCAGCCCGAGCCCCAGCCCGAGCCGGAACCGCAGCCAGAGCCGGAGCCCGAGCCGGAGCCCCAGCCAGAGCCGGAGCCCCAGCCAGAGCCGGAGCCCCAGCCAGAGCCGGAGCCCCAGCCGGAGCCAGAGCCAGAGCCGGAGCCAGAGCCGGAGCCGGAGCCGGAGCCGGAGCCGGAGCCGGAGCCGGAGCCGGAGCCGGAGCCGGAGCCGGAGCCCGAGCCGGAGCCGGAGCCGGAGCCGGAGCCCCAGCCAGAGCCGGAGCCCCAGCCAGAGCCGGAGCCCCAGCCUGAGCCGGAGCCAGAGCCGGAGCCGGAGCCAGAGCAGGAGCCCCCGUCCCACCUGGAGCCUAAACCUAGCGGAAAGAAGUUUCAAGCCAAAGAAACAGAACUCACUGCUGCUUGCAUGGCUGAGCGCUCAGGUGGGAAACUGACAAGAGCUUCUCAAAUCCUUAGCACCAUCCUUAGUAACUAUGACCAUAAGCUGCGCCCUGGCAUUGGAGAGCAGCCCACCGCGGUCACUGUCGAAAUGUUUGUCAACAGCCUCGGGCCUAUUUUCACCCUGGACAUGGAAUAUUCCAUUGAUAUCAUCUUUUACCAGACCUGGUAUGAUGAGCGUCUUCGUUACAAUGACACCUUUGAGACCCUUGUUCUACAUGGCAACGUGGUGAGCCAGUUGUGGAUCCUGGAUACCUUUUUUAGGAAUUCUAAGAGGACCCACAAGUAUGAUAUCACCAUACCCAACCAGAUGGCUCUCAUCCACAAGGAUGGAAAGGUGUUGUACUCAGUUAGGAUGACCAUUGAUGCAAGAUGUUCACUCUACAUGUUCAAAUUUCCAAUGGAUUCUCACUCUUGCCCUCUGUCUUUCUUUAGCUUUUCCUAUGAUGACCAUGAAAUGAUCUACAAGUGGGAGAGUUUCAAGCUCGAAAUCAAUGAGAAGAACACUUGGAAGCUAUUUGAGUUUGAUUUUAUAGGGAUGAGCAACAAAACUGAAAUAAUCUCAACCCCAGUUGGUGACCUCAUGGUCAUGACCUUCUUCUUCAAUGUGAGCAGGCAAUUUGGCUUCAUUGUCUUUCAAAACUAUGUCCCUUCUUCUGUGACCACAAUGCUCUCCUGGGUCUCUUUCUGGAUCAAGAUAGAGGCUGCUUCGGCCAGGGUCUCUGUGGGAGUCAGUUCUGUAGUCACCAUGGCCACGCUGGGCACCUUUUCCUGUAAGAAUAUCCUUCGUGUCUCCUAUCUCACAGCUUUGGACUUCUAUAUUGCAAUUUGUUUCGUCUUGUGCUUCUGUGCUCUACUAGAAUUUGCUGUGCUCAACUUUCUGACCUACAAUGUGACGAAACGACAGGCUUUUCUAAAGCUCUACCAACUUCCAACUAGCACCCGUGCUAAUAAUCGCACCCGUGCUCGUGCCCGCACCCGUGCUCGUGCCCGUGCCCGUGCCCGCCAACACCAGGAAGUGUUUGUGUGUGAGAUUGUAACCUAUGAGGGGAAUGCUGAAGAGGAAAAUCAGUAUUGCCCAGUCCAGUGGCCUCCAAGCUCAAGAAGACCCCAGUGUCCCCGGAGGCGGUGUGGCCGAAACUAUGUGUGUUUCAGGGUUCUUAGGAAGUAUUUCUGCAUGGCUCCUGGUUGUGAGGGCAGCACCUGGCAGCGGGGCCGCCUCUGCAUCCACGUUUACCGCCUGGAUAACUACUCGCGGGUGCUUUUCCCCAUUACAUUCUUCUUCUUCAAUGUGCUCUACUGGCUGGUUUGCCUUAACCUGUAGGCUCCAGCUGGUAGCUCAUGGGGCAACCACCUCAAUUCCCCAGGAGGUCCUAAGCCCCUUUGCUAAGGGAGUUGGGAGACAACAGCAACAGCAACAGGAGUGCCUAGAGAGCUUUUCCUUCCCUGGUCCCCAGUACAAGCCUGAGGAAAGUUUGUCUCUGCUGGUCCUCUUCCUGCUGGCCCCUUCACUCAAUCUAGACAAUAUCCCUUCUCAAGGAACAUCCACCUCUCUUUUCUUCAAAGAGCAUUCAUGAUGCUCAUUGUGCCCACAUUUGAGUAAAAGAACUAUCUCCCAAUUGUGUUUACCACUACUAUUUUUCCUCAAGAGCCCAUGGUUCCAUUUGUGGUACUGAGGGGCCCAGCUCAGGCUCAGCCCCAGAAUGCACAGAGUGACAAUAUAGAAGGGUUCCUAUCCUGAAGUCUUUAAGUCAGACCAUUAGACUUUUGUUUUUCUCUAUUCCCUCUAUUGCUCUACACGCCUGCUGCCUCCCCCCCCACACACACACACACAGGCACACAUGCUUGUAGACACGAACCCACACACACAAUCUGUAGGAGAAGAGGACCCAACAAGUGGACCUGUUUGGGAAAGUGACCGCUCUCUGCUGCUGUGCCAUCUCCUUCUCCCCACCUGCCUCCAUCUGCACUACCAAUUCAGUUCCCUUCAUCUAAUGGGUAUCUGUUAUUGUGUCCAAGGCUUGUAAUUUCCCCCGCUUUGUAUGCUGCUUUCUUCCUCUUCCUUGACCCUUGUGAUUCUUUCUGUAACUUCCCCAUUGACUUUCCCAGCCCUGAUCCAGGUGCUAGGCUUUGGUGAUUCCUUAGGACCAAGAAGCAAAACAGUCUGUUCUGCAGUGACCAUUACCUGCCACUGAUUGGUGCACACCUCAGGCACAAUCUAAGUGGUUGACCGCUUUCUUGGUCCCUGGACCCAUAAGCCAGUCCACUGCCAUCCCUGGGGCACUCACAAUCGCAAUCAAUUGAACUCCCUUAAAUUUAUAUAACAUUUCCCUUUGGCAAAACACUGUUGAUGAAACAUUUCUAUUUGGAAUUUUGUUAUAGCCCUGUGACAUCUUUGGUCACAGAUUGUUCUAAAUUAUGCAGGUGGUAACUUUGAGACACAGAUUUCUGUGGGACUGUGAAUCUUGUUGUAAGCCAAUCUGGAGGCCCCUGUCACUUGUUAAACUGCAUGGCUGGGCUAGGCAGCUCUGGUCACCAUGCCUCAAUUUUGUUUCCCUUGUUGGCACCCCAGUGGCAGGGCCUAGAGUGACAGGCCUGCCUCAGCAUUGGGGCUGCCCAUAACUAGGCCUGAGAUGCUCAGACUGCUCCACAGGUUGAGCUCCUGUCUCUAGAAACCCAGUUAAACGAAUUUGUACAUGCCCCAAUGCUUGUAUAUGCUGAACAGAAUUGAUGUCUGUACUUUAUGGGAGUGGGUGGGAUUGGGAAUCCAUAUGCUUUUAGUCAUCAUCAUCUGUAAAGGGGAAAUAUAUGAAUAAACAUAUCAGC